ACGGUGGGCGGACUUAGAACACAGAGCUCAGACGAGAGUUUGCUUGGGCUAGAUCCCCGACGCGAUACUUCCUAACGGACGUCAAUAUCAUCUUUUUACAACGUAUUUUUUUCCCCUUGUUACCAGUCAGACAUGGCUGCCCAGUGUGUAACCAAGGUGGAGCUGACUGUGUCCUGUGACAAUCUCCUGGACAAAGACAUUGGCUCCAAGUCGGACCCUCUGUGUGUCCUGUUAAUGAGCACUUCUGAAUCUCAGUGGUAUGAGGUGGAACGCACAGAGAAAGUCCAGAACUGCCUCAGUCCAAAGUUCGCGAAAAAGUUUGUCAUCGACUACUACUUUGAAAUCGUUCAGAAACUGAAGUUUGGGCUUUAUGACAUUGACAACAAGACUAUUGACCUGAGUGACGACGACUUCCUGGGGGAAUUGGAGUGCACCUUGGGCCAGGUUGUGUCUAGUAAAAAACUGACCCGACCACUCGUCUUGAAGAACAAGUCACCUGCAGGAAAAGGGACCAUCACAAUCAGUGCAGAAGAAAUAAAAGAUAAUAGGGUGGUGAAUUUUGAGGUGCAAGCGAGGAAACUGGAUAACAAGGAUUUCUUUGGGAAGUCUGACCCUUACUUGGAAUUCUACAAGGCAACAGGAACUGGAUGGCAGCUGGCUCACAGGACAGAGGUGGUGAAGAACAACUUGAAUCCAACAUGGAGACCCUUUCGAAUCCCUCUGCAGUCUCUCUGUGGAGGAGACAUGGACAAAUCGAUAAAAGUUGAGUGUUAUGACUAUGACAACGAUGGUUCACAUGAUCUCAUUGGAACUUUUGAGACCACAAUGACACGCCUCCAAGAAGCAUCACAGACUUCUCCGGCAGAGUUUGAAUGCAUCAACAGCAAGAAGAAACAGAAGAAGAAAGCCUACAAGAACUCUGGUGUUGUGAGCGUGAAGCUGUGCAAGGUGGUGAAGGAGUAUACAUUCCUAGAUUAUAUCAUGGGAGGCUGUCAGAUCAACUUCACUGUGGCUAUCGACUUCACAGGCUCCAAUGGGGAUCCCAGGUCUCCUCAGUCUCUGCAUUACAUUAGUCCUCAGGGUGUUAACGAGUACCUCUCUGCUAUCUGGUCUGUGGGCAACGUCAUCCAGGACUAUGACAGUGACAAGAUGUUUCCUGCCUUUGGCUUUGGAGCCCAGAUUCCUCCCUCAUGGCAGGUGUCCCAUGAGUUUCCUCUCAAUUUCAACCCAUCAAAUCCAUUUUGUACAGGUGUUGAAGGCGUGGUGGAGGCUUACAGGGUGUGUCUGCCCCAGGUCAAACUCUACGGUCCCACCAACUUCUCCCCUAUCAUCAACCACGUGGCCUGCUUUGCUAAGCAAGCCCUUCAGCAGACCACUGCAUCACAAUACUUUGUUCUGCUCAUCAUCACUGACGGAGUGAUCACAGACAUGGAUGACACCCGCAGCGCCAUCGUCAACGCCUCUCGUCUGCCAAUGUCAAUCAUCAUUGUCGGAGUAGGUGGGGCCGACUUCAGUGCCAUGGAGUUCCUGGAUGGAGACGAUGGACGACUGCGUUCACAGACAGGCGAAGCCGCCAUGCGAGACAUCGUCCAGUUUGUGCCGUUCAGACAGUUCCAAAAUGCUCCUAAAGAAGCACUGGCAAAGAGUGUGUUGGCAGAAGUCCCCGGUCAGCUUGUGGAGUUUUUCAAUGUCAUGAAACUGGUUCCACCCAACUCCAGUCCUGCACCAAACCCUGCGGCGAACAUCUGAUACUACAAGGAGGAACCCAGAAACAGACCACUCUCAUCUCUCAGAUCCCAUCUUCAUCACAUCCUGUAAUUAGAUUCCCUCCUCCCUGAACCUCACUAAUUCAACUCUUUUAUUCCACCACCUUAAUGAAAUACCAGGCUGCAGCUUAGUUAGUGACGACCAGCAAAACCAAACACUGUAGUUCUUCCACACUGUUGACCAAUCUCUCUUUCUAAAGUGUCAGAUGAGAUCUAGCUGAUAGGUGUAUGCAUGUAUGUUCAUUUUAGCAGGUUUAUCCGGUGCUGCUGAAUCUAAGAAAAAGAAAAUUAUCAUUAAAUCAUUCCAUCAUUUUAAAGGAAUAAGUUUAUAAGCAGUUAACUGCACUACUAAAAAGCUUUAUUGGAAAAAGUAUGAAAGAUAAAUAGCACAAUUAUUGAAGUCAUCAGUGUUUCUGUAGUACUUUUAAAAAUGUCAUUGCCAAAAUGCUACUCUGGGUGCUGUUUUUUUUUUUUAUGCAUUAUAAAAGUUUAAGAUAACAAAGGUGAUCUUUUAAUCAUGGAAUCUAGAAAUGCAUGAGAAGCUGGUGUGAAGAAGCAUGGGUUAGCAUAGGUUAGUGACCCCCCCCCCACCAUAUAUGAUGUUUACAUCCUCAGAGAAAUAGCUGCAGUACAACUAGUAGCAUAAUUUUUUUAUAUAUAAAGUUGCUUUGUAGUUGUUGCUAUAGGCACAUAGAGUGUAUAUCUAUGUAAAUGUCUGCUGUUGCACAUGCUCCCCUAUGCACUCACCUGUAACAACUAUAUGAUAUACAGAUCUAGUGAUUGGUUUUACUCACUGAAGUGCCAAACGGUGUAUUUAUACCUCUAAGUAUUAAUCUGAAAUAUUGUGAUAACUGGAAAAUAGUCAUGGUAGAUCUUGUAUUGUGGCAGUCUCAUCAUCCACUAUAUAUUUGUUAAUUUGCUGUGGUCCACCACUGUGCCAGUUAGUUUAUCUUUCACAUUUUGAUUGGCAAAGACACUGUGGGGUAGUUUCCAGGACGAUUUUGCCAAUGGUAUGACCAUUGAAUUUUGAUUUAGUCAAGGUUUAAGCUCUGUUUGGCAAACUGGCCUCAAAUUCAUAUACACUCAGUUUAUAAGUAACACCUAGCUAAAACUAAUGCAGUCUAAUCCAACAGUCGUGUAACAAAUCCUCCUUCAUGAAAGAUCUAUAUCAGACAUCAGAGCCUUCAUGGAGGAAUUAUUACAAAACUGUUGGAUUAGACUGCCUUAGCUUUAGCUAAGUGUUCCUAAUAAACUGCUAAAUGAAUGUAUAUCAGUGUUAAACCAUCCUGUAGAAAGUAGAUACAGUGUGCUGUUUGUUUCCAUUAUGAUUUUUUUAUUAUUGUUUUUUUAUGAUUCUAUAUAUGCUAUGACAUCUAUAAAACACGUAUCUGAUGUUUCAUGUUAUGUAUCAGAAAUGCAUUAUGUGCCUUGGUGUUAUCAUCCAAAAAGUGCAUCAAGCCUGCAAAUAAAGUACCUCUUAUUCAGGACAAA